UGCAAACGCAACGGAACAGACCCGGAUUUUUCUUUUAGAAAAUUGCAACACGCGCCUGAGGGUGAACUUGAUAUAAUUUCCAACGCUUUAAAGUCGUUGUACUAAAUCUCAAACGCGCGCGCGCUCUCUAAUCUAAUUUAAAAUGUGUUAUGCCAAGUGUUUAAUUGAUUUGUUAAUAACGCUAUUGCUGCUUUUGUCCAGCGUUAGGCCGGAGUUGAAUUUCAAUAAUGACUUUGAGAACAAUCAAAAGUUUAAAAGCCAUUCGACGACAGUCAAAACCUAUGAAAAUGAUACCGUCUUGUUGCCCUGCUCUUUGGAUACUCCCUUUCGUUAUGUGCGCUGGCAUCGCGACGAUGUGCCCCUAGUGGACUCACGUCAUCCAGAUUUAAAGACGCCAGCUCAUAUAGUGCUCUUUGCAAACGGAAGUCUGCAGGUGUCCAAAGUGCAGCCGGAGGAUACGGGCGACUACUAUUGUGAGAUCAUGUCGAACGGCAAACUUGCAGUGCAAACUCAUGCAAUUGAGGUACAGUAUGCACCCACUGUGAUCACCGAACCCAGCGGCGUGCUGGAGCUGCCCAUUGGCGCCGUCUUUGAGGUCAUAUGCAUAGCCAAAGGCGUGCCAUUGCCAGUCACUAAUUGGAGAUUAAAUGGCAAUGUCUUGGAUGAGUACAACACCGCAGGCAAUCGUCAGAGUCACGUGUUUGAGAUCAAGCGUCGCGACAUGGCGGGUCCGAUUGAGUGCAUGGCCAGCAAUGCGGUGGGUCAACCGGCGGUGGCGGGACUCUAUCUGCAUGUGCUAUUUGCUCCUGAGCUAGCAGUGCACCAAACCGUGAGCUACACCAAAGUGGGCGAUCGGGCGCAGUUGGAGUGCACCGUAGAGUCAGCACCUGCAUCUAGCCUGCAAUGGUUCCAUCAUGGCGUACCCGUCGCCAUGAACUCACAGGUCUUUAGCCAGGAGAGCGAACUGCGCAGCAAUCAAUCGCUGGAGCAUUAUGUUAGCGUCAUCAAGCACUCGCUCAUCUUGCGCAAGGUGCGUGACUCUGACAUGGGUCAGUACGAAUGCAGAGCAACCAAUACAGUUGGAUUCAGGAGCGCAACGCUGGAGCUAACCGGACGUCCCAUGCCCUGCAUAUUCAAGAUUAAUCCGGGCACGCAAAGCUCCACCUCGCAUGUGCUGGUCUGGCAAACGGAAAGUCUGCUGCCCAUAAUGGAGUUCAAGUUGAAGUUUCGUCAGAUACCAUCGGCAAAUGUCACCAAGCAGAUCAGAAGCAACUGGACUGAGCUCACCAUACCUGCCCAAGUGACCAUUGGCGCUAUCUAUAUUAAAUCCUAUACGCUGCAUGGACUGCAGCCCGCCAGUCUCUUUGAGGUCUGCGUGCUGGCCAAGAACAGCUUCGGCUGGAGCGACAACAGCAAGAUUGUGCGCUUUGCCACAGGCGGCGAGGUUGAGCUGCCCAAUUAUUCUACUGAAUCUGAACUGCUAGAGGAUGCUACAGAGGACAUCUUUGACAAUGAGAUAACACAGAGAUCACAAACAUUUUCAGCCAGCAUGGUACACAAUAGCUCGGCAUAUAUCAAAAGCACUUGCCUAUGCUAUAUAGCAGCUUUAAUAGAAAUGUUUAUCUCCUUAAGCAGUUAAUAAAUCUAAAACAUAACUUUACUGAUUUUCAUUGCAACUA